AAAAAUCGCCAUUUAUUUGUCACACUAGUUUUUUUCGUGUAUAGUUGUGAUUUUGUGCGUAAAAUUUUAUUUCAUUUUUUAGAAAACAAAUAUAAUAUAGAACAAAAAUCAAAGAAAGAACAAAUUAAAAACAAAAAAACACUAUUGAAUUGUCUAAGCUAAAACAUGGCCGAAUAUUUGGCAUCUAUUUUUGGUACCGAAAAGGACAAGGUUAAUUGUUCAUUUUACUUCAAAAUAGGAGCAUGUCGACAUGGGGACAGAUGCUCGCGCAUCCAUAACAAACCAACAUUCUCUCAAACUGUGGUCCUACAAAAUUUGUACGUAAAUCCACAAAACUCUGCUAAAUCUGCUGAUGGUAGCCAUUUGGUUGCUAAUGUUUCGGACGAAGAAAUGCAAGAGCAUUAUGACAAUUUCUUUGAAGACGUAUUUGUCGAAUGCGAAGACAAAUACGGCGAAAUUGAAGAAUUGAAUGUUUGCGACAAUUUGGGUGACCAUUUAGUCGGCAAUGUAUACAUAAAGUUCCGCAAUGAAGUGGACGCCGAGAAGGCAGCCACUGAUUUAAAUAAUCGCUGGUUUGGUGGCCGACCAGUUUAUUCCGAAUUAUCGCCGGUGACUGAUUUUCGAGAAGCCUGUUGUCGUCAAUAUGAAAUGGGUGAAUGUACGCGAUCGGGUUUUUGUAAUUUUAUGCAUCUCAAACCAAUAUCAAGGGAACUUAGAAGAUAUUUGUAUUCACGUCGCAGAGGACGAGGAUCCCGCUCAAAGUCUAGGUCGCCAAGGAGACGUCGAUCCAGGUCUCGUGAUCGUCGUCGUUCUCGCAGUCGGGAGAAUAACAAUCGAAAUGACGGACGGAAAGGUCGCUACUGAAACUCCAAUUAUGUACUUUUACUUUUAAACAAAUUUAACGGCAUAAAAGCUAUACAACUACAACAAAAAAAACUUACCAUGUAUCCCUUUACCCUUUAUAGACUAACAGAGUUGUGUUUUCUUUUUCCAAUAAAUUCAUGCAAAUCCUUAGAAA